CGGGGCGGAGGGGGGGACCAUUACAUUGUUCAUUUCGAGGUUAUAUGUGCCUAUGUAAUUCCGAAAGUUUAACGACAAGCCGACGAGCCUCCAGGGUGCUAAGAACUGAGCUAAUGGGAGCCCGGGAAUUCCAACAAACCAUCAACAACGCAUUUCAUUUCACGCAUUGUCCUUUCCAGCAAACCGCCAAACAUGUCAUAAAUUACUGACAAAAUAAUAACUGAUGUUCGAAUUGGAUCGAAAAUGUCUUGGACUUUUAUGUUUUCACUAAUUAUUACACUGUCGACGUUCACACACCCAGCGUUGACUUUAUGGACCACCGCAGAUGAUCAAAAUAGUUACUCAUUUGUGACUGAAUCUGAUCCAUUCGUCUCUACACUCCAGGCUACUGGGUCAACAUCGAAGAAUUUCACUAAACCAAUUAGUUCGUUGGGGCAUUUGCACCGAAACAUCAACAGGAUAUCAAAUGCACGACUGGAAGAACUAUCAGAGACUUUAUUCAAUAAGGAUGCUAACAAUGCCUGGCGAUAUAUCAAAAUUCAUCUUCAAAAUCAAACGACGAAGAACAGUUCGAUAGAUAGAGCCCCUGAAUCAUUGCUCAACGUUGAUCCAGAAGCUUUUCAAAUACCCACAAUACGUUGUAUCCUUCAAAUGUAUGAUAAUUAUCACCUGGAUACACGUAGAAGAGAGAUAAUAACACCAGACCAUAAAAAAGAACAAGAUUCUCUCCUCGAUAGUUUUCUGAGUACUGACGUUAUGAACAUCGCAAUGCAGUUUCUCUCUGAUAAUCAUUAUCUUCCACGGAAUCAGUCCCACUAUAAGAAGACACUGUCCACCCUCUGGUUUUCACCCUAUGGAAGAGGUGGAGGCAAAGACAGCAGUAGUGGCUUUGAACAUGUCUUCCUGAAUGAAUUAAGAAAAGGGAGACAUGUACUCGGACUUCAUAACUGGAUUUAUUUUCAUUCAAUGGAGAACAUACGACGGGCUAAUUAUCUUGGGUACUUAAGGAAAAUUGAUCUCGGUGAUAAAGCUGCAAUCCUGUCACUUCACUUUACCUUCGACUCUCACGAUAAACCAAUAACGUCGAUAUUCAUUGGUACCUCCCCAGAAUUGGAAAUGGCUCUCUACACGAUAUGUUUUUACGCGAGAAGAGGAAAAAAGUGUAAAUUAUCGCUGGGAGGUUCCAAAUUUAAGAUUAUUACCUAUGAAUUGAAGUACAAGGAUAAAACUUUACCAGUGAUUGGUUCAGCAUAUCCUUUAAUUGUCACAGGAAACAUUGAGGGUUCGUGCCAAAUACAGUAAUUUCCAAAGACUGGUGACUGCUUACAGAGAGCACGCUCACAAGCAAGCAGCUGUAGAUCCCAUAUCAAUUACAAAACCAGAAGCUGUGCCUGAAUUAGAUCCACAGAGAUACGGGCUUGAUCUGAACGAUAUCGUGGAAUUCCAGGGGAUAAUUAACACAACUAGAUCGAAGGGAACUGUUAGAGAAGCUGUUGACAUCCUCAAUGAACUCUACAUGCGUGAAAUUGGGGCUGAGUUCAGUCAUUUGGAGAGUCUGGAAGAGAGGGAAUGGUUCGCUGAGAACUUUGAGAAAAUUAGUAGAGAGGAAUUGGAUGAUGGGACGAAAAGAGCUAUCGCUACUGAGAUGUUGAAGAGCCAGACAUUCGAUAAUUUCAUGAAGAUUAAGUUCGUUUCUUUUAAGAGGUAUGCGGGGGAAGGGGCCGAAGCUAUGAUGGCCUUCUUCCAUGAAUUCUUCAAGUUAUCAGCAAAUGCGGGAAUCGAUCAAAUUGUGUUGGCAAUGCCCCACCGAGGUCGUUUGAAUUUCCUUACCGGAAUGCUAAAGUUUCCCCCAGAGAAGCUAUUUCGCAAACUACGGGGACUCCCCGAGUUUCCGGACAAUGUAAAAGCUACUGGGGAUGUUGCCAGCCACUUCGUGUCGUCUGUUGAUCUUGAAGUGAACCAAAAGAAGCUACAUGUGACGAUGCUGUACAAUCCCUCUCAUCUGGAGGCUGUGAACCCCGUCUCCAUGGGGAAAACUCGGGGAAUUAUGCAGAGUGUUAACGAUGGUGAUUAUGCUGAGGAGGGCAAGAGUAGGUGGAGUGAUAAAGUGUUGAAUCUACAGGUCCACGGAGACGCAGCUUAUGCUGGACAAGGAGUCAAUCAAGAGUCACUAGCCCUUAGCGCAGUCCCUCACUUCGAAAUUGGUGGAACUGUUCAUUUCGUCGUAAAUAAUCAAUUGGGUUUUACUACACCUGCGAUGAGAGGGAGAUCUUCCAGAUAUUGUACAGACAUUGCGAAAUCAAUAUCUGCUCCAGUAUUACAUGUCAAUGGUGACUCGCCGGAGAUGGUUGUAAGAGCAACCAGGAUGGCCUUCGCCUACCAGAGAAAAUUCCGCAAAGACGUAUUCAUUGACAUGAACUGCUUCAGACGAUGGGGACACAACGAAUUGGACGAUCCAACUUUCACAAAUCCAAUUAUCUACAAAUUAAUUCAUAAUCGGUCAUCAGUUCCCGACCUGUACAAAUCGCAAUUAGAAGCCUCUGGAAUUCUCACAAGCAGUCAAUCCGAGGAGAUUAUCUCGAAACACACUAAUUUCCUGGGAAAUGCGUUGAAGCAAGUCGACAAUUAUAUUCCUCAGCCCUCGUAUUUCACUCACAGGUGGAUGGGAUUCCAGCAAGCGCAAACGAGCCUCACUUCCUGGGACACUGGAGUCGACCUUGAACUGCUGAAAUACGUAGUCAGUAAGAGCGUGCAGCUCCAGAAAGACCUGGACAUUCACCCUCAGGUGUUGAAGAACCAUGUUCAAGGGAGACUCAAAAAGUUGGAAAGUGGAGACCACCUGGACUGGUCAACUGCUGAAACAGCAGCUUUUGGCAGUCUUUUAUAUCAGGGGUACAACGUCAGGAUCAGUGGACAGGAUGUGGGGAGGGGGACUUUCUCGCAGAGGCAUGCCAUGAUUGUCAAUCAGUCUACUGGAGAAAUGUUUAUUCCAUUAAACUCAAUGGCUAAGGGCCAAACCGGAAAAAUCGAACUGGCAAACAGUAUUUUAUCCGAGGAAGCGGUUCUCGGUUAUGAGUACGGAAUAAGCAUUGCCUCCCCCAUGACCCUGACUAUCUGGGAAGCUCAAUUCGGGGACUUCUUCAAUGGUGCUCAAAUUAUAAUUGAUACAUUCAUAACGAGUGGAGAAUCUAAAUGGAUGACAAGCAGUGGUCUGACGAUACUUUUACCCCAUGGAUGGGAUGGCGCUGGACCUGAUCAUACCUCUGGGCGUGUGGAACGAUUUCUUCAACUCACUGACAGCAAAGAGAAUGCUCCUGAUGGUGAUGAUGUUAAUUUUCAAAUCGUUAAUCCAACAACUCCUGCACAGUAUUUUCAUCUGCUAAGGCGACAGAUGGUAAGGGAUUUCAGGAAGCCCUUAGUCGUGGUGGCGCCUAAAAUACUUCUGCGACAUGCCUCAGCUACUUCGUCACUCGAUGAAAUGGGGCCCAAGACGGGCUUCAAAAAUGUCAUUGGCGACAAUGUUCCGCACCCCUCGAAUGUCCAAAAGGUCAUACUAGUCUCCGGAAAGCACUUUUACGCCCUAGAAGAACAGCGAGCGCUCCAAAACGCGAAUAACGUCGCCAUAAUUAGAGUAGAAAGUCUCUGUCCAUUUCCUCUCUUGGAUCUAAACCAAGAACUUCAAAAAUAUCCUCACGCUGAAACGUUUAUUUGGAGUCAAGAGGAGCCCCAGAACAUGGGCGCCUGGAGCUUCGUGAAACCACGAUUCGAGAAUUUGUGUGGUCGGCGGCUUAGAUAUUGCGGUCGUGAGGCAUCACCAACACCAGCGGUUGGUGUCGCACAACAACAUCAACGAGAGGCGUUAGAAGUUAUCGUAAAACCCUUUACCAUUAGGUAAAUUAAAUAAUUGUAUAAGGAACAUAAUAAAAAUUAUUUUUCAACAGCUGA